AUGACUUCUGCUCCAAUUGAUAAUAUUGAUCAUAAAUUUAUGGAAUUAUUAUUCCCUAAAUAUCUAUUAAGCCAACCAGUAUCUUAUUAUUUAUGGAUGAUAUAUUUGGAUAAUAGAUCAUUGUUUAAAAAUAAUUUAGACCUUUCAGAUACUUCAUUGUUGAAUGAUGAUUUAUCAUACAUAACUUCAUCAAUCAAUAAUUUAAACCAAAAUGAUUUAAUAACGAUGAAAAAGCUUCAUGAAACUAAUAAUCUGUCUAAUAAUAACUUUCUUUAUAAUAAUAAUAAGAAUUUUCAAAAUUUUAAUGGCAAAUUGAAUACAGAAUUGAAAAAAAAAUUAUGGAGAAGAUUAAAUCAAUUGAAUGUUAUUGGCACACUUUCUUUUGAUUCGAUAAAUGAUAAUUAUCUAAUUGAAGUUUAUAAAUAUUUUUAUCCCGGGAAUAUGAAUUUAAGCUUUAACCUAUCAAAUAAUUUAAUCACUGAUGAUUUAAAAGAUGAUAUUGAUAUGUCUCAAAAGGUUAAAUCAGAAAUAGAUAUAUUAACAGAAUAUCAAAGAAGACAUAAUAAUAAUACGGAAGGCGAUGAAGAUGAUGAUGAACAAAUUAUGGAUGAUGAUGAUGAUGAUGAUGAUGAUGAGGAGGAGGAGGAGGAUAUUGAUGUUGAUGAAGAAGAGGACAGUGAAGGUUCAGAGAACAGUAGUAUGAGUGAAGAUGAUGUAGGUAAUAUCCAAGUAGAAAUUGAUACUAGCGUUAAUGAUGAUAUUGAACAAUUACAAAUUGAAAAUUCUGAGAAUGAUAUAGAAAUGGAAACAGAAAGCACAAAUCAAACUCAAAUAACUCUAAAUGGAGAUAAUGAUAAUAAUGUUGCAGAAUCUGUAGCUUCUAAUUCAUAUUCUCACUCUCAUACAACUGAUGAAAGUUCGAAUCUUUCUCGUCAAUUUAAAAAAGGAAGAAUUUCAACUUCAACAAACUUCGAAAAUUCACAAGUAAAUAAAUCUUUGAAUUCUAUUUCUAAUCGAUCAAAUUUUAGCGGGUCAAAUAAUAGUGAAGAUGUAGAGUUAACUAUUAAUGAAACUAUGAAAAAACAAAAGGAAAAUCCCUAUCCGCACCAUUUUUAUCAAAAAAUUGGAUAUUUCUUACCAUAUAAAUGGGUAUCUCCAUUCUAUGACAGAUUAAAAUUGUCAGAUGAUGGUUUUUCUAAACUGACAGUCGAAUCAAAAUUUUCAAAUCACUCAACUAAUGAUCCAUCUAAUAUCAAUGUUCAGCCAUAUUCAAAUUCUUCGAUAUCAGAAAAUACUUCUUCGUUGUCUGGAAUGAACGUUAGUCCUAAUUCUAAUUUCGAUCCAGUACAUGAUAAUGGCAGUAGUAGCAAUUCUAAUCAUUCCUCAUUAAACAGACUAAGAUCCUCAAUGCAUAAUGCCAAUAAAAAGGAUGAAUACUCUGUCACUUGGGCAAACCACUUUAUUCCUUCCAAUAAAUUGGGUAUCUAUUAUUAUGAAAUCGAGGUAUUAAAUACAAAUAAACCAAAUAAUCCUGCUAGUAAUAUCAUAGUAGGAUAUAAAUAUUGGUCUGAUAAAACAAGCAUAAACUCAGAUGACUUAUCUGGCGCUCCAAUUGGCUCAAUAAAUUCUUCUGAAAUUUAUUCUAUUGAAGGUACUGCAUUUAAUAAUGAAGGAAUAAUAGGUGCAGGCUCUAUACGAUCAUCGAAUAUUCGUGGACAAUCAACAAAUAUCAACCAAAUGUCAAAUCGUACAGGUCAUAUCAUCUCAACUCCACAAAGUGUAAGAAGAAGCUCUUUCUUGGAAGUAGAAGCUACUAUGGAAAUUCCAAACAAUUAUAUAGAACAUAGCGAUGAGACUUCCACUAAAGAGUUGGAUGAAGAUUUUAUGGGAUAUUGUGGAAUCGAUGGUAAGCUAGUAGCAGGCUCUGAAUCAAAAGAUUAUUCUAAACCUUAUGGCUGUCACGAUAUUAUUGGUUGCGGUAUAAACUAUGUCAAUGGUACCUUGUUUUUUACCAGAAAUGGUGUUAUGUUAGGAACUGCUUUCGAUGAUUGCCAUGACUGUAAUUUUAUCCCGUAUAUUGCUUUAAAGUCAGGCUCCUCAGUCAAAACUAACUUUGGUAUGUUUGAAGAAUUUGCUUUUGAUAUUGAUGGUUAUCAAGAUGAAUGGAAAGCAAUUUGCUAUAAACAUAUUUUUCAAACUGUCGAUACCCCUGAUAUUUUAAAUGAGUAUGCUACAAAAAAUGAUCUACCAAAAAAUAAAAAGAAACAAAAAGGUGCCAAUACAAGAAGAAAGCAUUCCACAGAAGACGAGGGGGAAGAGGAGGAUGACUCAGUUAAUCCUGACAAUAAUAAUGAUACGAUUAGAAGUGUUGAUGAUUUUAUGGAUACUAGUGAUGAGGCUGAUGAUGAUAAUAAUGAUGAAAGGAAUGUUGAUCAAAAUAUGAUAAGUAGUGAUGAUGAAGAUAUUACUUCUAAUGGACAAAUUUCAAAUGGUAAUGAUUCUACUUAUUCAAGUAAUAGAUUAUCAAAUAAUGUUAAUAUUUCAAAUACUUUAAACGAAAAUGAAUUUGUUGUUAAGGAGUUUAGAUAUGAUGAGGAGUCGAACAUUUUAAGAAAGCCUAACACGGAUAAGAUCAAUAACUUACAAGCUGGUGAUGGAUCUUUAUUGGGGACACUAAAUACUAUGAUCAAUGAUUAUUUAAUCCAUGAGGGUUUAAUUGACGUUGCCAAAGGGUUUUUGACGGAUUUGAAGAAAGAAGCCUUAGAUUUAGAAGAUAAUAGAAAAGAAUUGGAGGCUAUUAACCAUAAUGAGAGACAAAUCAUUGCUGAAGAGAAUAAUUUAAGGAUCAGACAAGAAUUGAGAAGGUUAAUUAAUGAGAAAAAUAUUUCGAAAUGUAUUGAAUGCAUUAAUAAAAAUCUCCCCCAGUUAUUAAUCAAAAAUAUUGAUUUGUAUUUUGAACUGAGAAAGGCAGAAUAUAUUAUGAUGAUCAAAGGUAUUCCAGAGAAAAAGUUUACUAUCAAUCAAGUGAUCAAUGAGGGGCAAGUUCUAACACAAGAAUUUGUCCAUAAUAAAACUGUGAAGGAAAAAUAUAGAAAUAAAUUUCAAAAGGAGCUGAUUAAUAUAUCUUCUUUAUUAGCCUACGAAAAUCCUCUCACAGAAGCUCCAGAGGAAGUUACGAUAUAUUUGUCAUCAGAGUAUCUACAUGAUAGAUUAUUUAGAAUGAUAAACGAAAGUAUUUUACAAUAUUUGCAUAGAGUGAACUCUUGUGUUUUGGGGGAUCUUGUAGAUUAUACUCGUGGUAUGAUAUUGACAUUACAAAAUGUUGAUUAUUCAAAUACAAGUAAAAACAAAUAUUUCAAAUUAUUAAAUUUAGAUGAAGAUAUAUUGAGCUGA